GAGGCAAAAUCCCAUGAAACCAACACAACAGAUGGACGUUCUCCAGCUUCCGGGGUUCCUAUAACCCCCCUAUUUGCUCCUCCACAUCCGUUCCUUCAUCCAACCGCUAAGGAUGCAGUUCAAGCAGUGAGUAAGUGAUGUCACAAGGGCAGUUUUAAGCUCCUACUCCUGGUGAGCAGGUGGGAGAUGCUUGGCUGUGUGGGAAGGACCAGGCUCGGUCUCUGCACUUGGAGGCUUCUUCCGAAGGAGGAGGUUGAGAACAUCAUCUGGGUUCCCUUUAGUUGGGAACAUCAUCUCUGGCUGUUCAUGUUGCCUCAAAAGGACCCCCAACCAGCUCUCCAAGAUGCCCAGGUGAGGCCCACAUGUCCCCACCAAUGGUCCACGCUGUAGCCUUGUCUUCAGGGCGUUGCCAUGUGGUUCUUCCCAGUGUCGCCGCCUACCUUGGUGGCCUUCUCCUUGAUGCUGGACGCCAUCUUGGCCAAACCGUUUGUCCACCUGGUCUACACUCACAACUCCACCUGCUUGGACUUCAAAGCCAUCCCGGCCUGCUUUGGCCCUCCGCUCUCCCGUAAGGGCUUCAAGGGAUACCUGGUUGAGGCUGUGCCCGCCAACGCCUGCCUGCCCAUCAAGGCCCCUCCGUCUUCCAACAGGUCUCAGCUGGGUUUCAUUGCCCUCAUCCGUCGGUAUGAUUGUCCCUUCGGCACCAAGGUCCUCCAUGCCCAACAAGCCGGGUUCCAGGGCGCCAUCAUCCACAACCUCUACUCCGAUCUGCUAGUGAGCAUGGCCAUCGAAAUCCAGACGGUCCGGCAGCGGGUCUCCAUUCCUUCCCUCUUUGUCGGAGGCUCGGCCGCCAAGCUUUUGAAGAGGCAAAUCCAUGAGCGGAACGGCACCAAAAUCACCACCGUGGUGCCAAGAGGUUAUUACAAUCCCUGCGGAGACGACGUCGAGUUCUCCCUUUGGGACCCGGCGCGGCAUUAUUUACAAUUCUGGCCCGGUUACUGCACCCAGCAGAUGAUCCUCAAGUUCCUCCGAGAGUUCGGGUUCCUGAUCCUCCUCGGUAUGGGCUCCGGCAUCUUGGCCUUCGUCAGUUGGAUGAAAUGGAAGCAACUGAAAAGCGGCAUCCGGGUGAAGACCUUCCGGAGCGGAGACCGGUACGACUCAUGUGUCAUCUGCAUGGCCGAUUAUGAAGCAGGAGACCGGCUGAAGAUCCUCCCUUGCGGCCACGCGUACCACAACACCUGCAUCAACACUUGGCUCCUGACCCAACCCAGGACGGAGAAGAGCUGCCCCAUCUGCAAGCAGAAGAUCAACACUGCAACCUGAAGCAUUUGGGAGGGAGAACAGGAAGAGGAAGAGGUGGGUGGUGGGGACCACGAACGAGUCUGGAACAAACAACAAGGUUCUCCCAGAUGCCA